CUUCCACUCUUCUAUCAUUACUUUUCUGCUCAAAUCAGUUUUCAGAAAGGAACAACUUUAAUCUCAAAUUUCAAAAUUGAGUGCAACCCAGUCUUGGUUAUCGGCUGAAUUCAUUUCCUAAAAGAGUACGAGAGGAGCUUGCGUCAGUAAGCCGGGAGCUUACAACAGGCUACAAAAGCUUCCAGUGUUAGUAUUUUCGUUAUUUGGAUGUGUAUAUAACGGGGAUAAUAUGGGGUAGUUUAUUUUCUAUUUACGACUCAUGUAGUACCAUAUUUUGCUUUGUAAAUAUACAAGCUAGGAUCUAAUUUUGGGUGUUUGUAUUAACUUUACACAAAACCUUCCUUGCCGUUAGUGUGUCGGCGUGUUUUAAAUUAUGUACUACUAUCUACUCAGAACUUGUUUACUUUAAUGUACUAACAUGUCUUAUUUUGCAUAUUGAUAUCUCUAAAAAAUACUUCUAUGUUUCCAGAAAUUGUAUGAAUAGAAGUGAUAAUGGGAAAUGUUGUACUCAAUGUCAUUUUAAGUGACUGGUGUCUUUAGGCUAAACGGUGUACAUAUCUUGCAUUCUGCUCUGCUCUGCGUCGUGCUUGACUCUCAUUUUGAAAAUAUGUACUGAACCAUAACAUCUUUGUGUACUUGUUCAUUUAUAAGAAUAUUUUGUUAAUUCUCUUGUUUGAAUUUGCAACAUAUGUUGACUUCUAAACUCUUAGCGUGAGUGAUAUUUUCCCCUGAAUAUGUCAAGGAUUUGAAUCCCUUUGUGUAAAUCCAAAACUUCUUUUGAAUCUGACACUUGGUUAUCUGUUGGUCAUAAAUUUUAAUUGCAUAAGGUUUUACAUUUCUGGUAAUUUAAGUUGCUGCUCAUUGUCUAUUGUUUUAUGUUCCAUUUCGGUACUACGAUUUGAUUUUUGUAACCUCCUACGGGGCAUCAGCUCACCCUUUUAUUUGUUUCCACCCUUUAGAGUACGAGAGGAGCAUGCAUAGUAAGCCGGGAGCUUAUAACAGGCUACAAAAGCUUCCACUGUUAGUAUUUUCGUUAUUUUGAUGUGUAUAUCACGGGGAUAAUAUGGGGUAGUUUAUUUUCUAUUUACGACUCACGUAGUACCAUAUUUUGCUUUGUAAAUAUACAAGUUAGGAUCUAAUUUUGGGUGUUUGUAUUAACUUUACACAAAGCCUUCCUUGUCGUUAGUGUGUCGGCGUGUUUUAAAUUAUGUAUUACUAUCUACUCAGAACUUGUUUACUUUAAUGUACUAGCAGGUCUUAUUUUGCAUAUUUAUAUCUCUUAAAAUUACUUCUAUGUUUCCAGAAAUUGUAUGAAUAGAAGUGAUAAUGGGAAAUGUUGUACUGAAUGUCAUUUUAAGUGACUGGUGUGUUUAGGCUAAACGGUGUACAUAUCUUGCAUUCUGCUCUGCUCUGCGUCGUGCUUGACUCUCAUUUUGAAAAUAUGUACUGAAUAUAACAACUUUGUGUACUUUUUCAUUUAUACGAAUAUUUUUUUUAAUUUUCUUGUUUGAAUUUGCAACAUAUGUUGACUUCUAAACUCAUAGUGUGAGUGAUAUUUUCCCCUGAAUAUGUCAAGGAUUUGAAUCCCUUUGUGUAAAUCCAAAACUUCUUUUGAAUCUGAUACUUGGUUAUAUUCUUAUCUUAAGUUUAAUUUCCAUGCAAAGGCUCUGUCCAUGUCCCAAAUGUUCUUCUUCCUAGUAUUUUGAACAUGUAGUCUGUUGUGAUAGUUUCGUCUUUUGUCGCGAAAGCGUAUCAUUUUUGUAACUAGGAUCAGUUUUACCCUUUUAUUGUUAUAUGUUUACUUCCUAAUGCUGCUCCUUGGUUAAAAUACGUGUUGCCAGUAUAAAUGUUGUACUCAUUGACUUUUGCAUUGACGAUUUUACAAACUUUUUAACUUCAAAUAUCAUUGUGAACAUCUUGAUAGAUCAACUGAAAAUGAUACUGCUUUCAUCCCGUGGCUCGUAUCCGAAACUUAAUAUAAAUCCAGUAUCUUGGUCUGUUUCAUUUUGUCAUUCUUCUAAAUAUUUUUUUUAUUACUUUUAUAACUGUAUAAAUCAAUUAUUUUAUGUGUAUGGUUUUAGUCUUCGAGUGGCGCACUGGGAUAUGGCCUUGCUAAAUGGGUUGAAACCCAAUCCUUUUACGAGGGAAAAUUACCGUGUCCGCUGCAGUUUGGUAUCAGAGAUCCAGUUCUGAUUUAUCGGGGUUGUGUUGGUGUUUUGUUUGCUUAAAUGAUCGAUUUCCUUAUGUUUCAUUUCCGUUCAUAUGAUUUGGUUGUUUAAAUAGUGUUCUGUUGCGUCGCAACUAAACCUGAGUUUUUAUUUCCUAUCUGUGAACAUACUCUAACUUGUUAGAAACUCAAUUUUAGUUACUCUUCUGACUUAGUCAAAGCAUUCUUAUUUUCUGAAGCUUUUUCCUAGACUUAUAAUAAUUGCUUGAAAAGGUUUUGGUUGAAUUUUGGGUUUGGGAAAAAACUAACCAUGACCGUGAUAUACAUGUCAUUUUCGUGUAUUAGUAAUGUACAUUACUAACCAUUUAUGAAUAUGAAGCUUAGUUUCUUUUUGAAGAUGUCCGUGUGCGCAAAAUCUGUAACGUCGAGCUCUGUACGCAAGAAAAAGAAUCUCAGCAAGAGGACAACACGCCUUGAGAAUGGUUUUGAAAAACUGUUGGGUUCUGUCAACGCUAUUGAUGAUGCCGUAAAAGACCAUAAACGGAUGAGAUCUACUAUGGACUUGAAGGAAUUCAAGAAGGUGGUAGGUAAGGACGGGAACUUUAGUGGGACAGCAGAACCUACCGAGGCAGACAAAUGGUUGAUAGGCAUUAAGAAAGAGUUUGAAGCGUUACAAAUUCCGAAUGAGAAGAAGGUUAGACUUGCCACUUAUCUGUUUGAGGGAGAUGCCGAACAUUGGUGGAGAUCUGUCAAGCGCAUGGAAGAUGUCAGCAGCAUAUGCUGGGAGAAGUUUGUGGAGCUAUUUCUUAAUAAGUACUUUCCACCGACAGGUAAGGCAUUAAAGUGUGCUGAAUUUCCUGCGUUGAGACAAGGAAGUAUGACGGUUAUGCAGCUGGAUCAGAAAUUCGUUGAACUUGAACGUUACGGAACACAUCUCGUCCCCAACGCGGAAUUAAGGGCUCGCAAAUUUGAAGACGCAUUGAGGCCAAGUAUUCGUAACCAAGUCGUUGGACACGUGCACAUGAAUUAUAAUGAUGUCUUAAAGGCAGCACUGGCAAUUGAGGCUAGCAUGAUCAAAGCACACAAUGAAAGGGAAGAAAACGAAGUCAAGAAAAGGAAAAUAAAUGACUCUCCAUCUAGUCGAAAACGUAUCAGUCCCGGGUCGGACACCAACAAAGAAAGACCCAGGACCUGUUACCGAUGUAAAGAAAAUGACCACCUUAUAAAGGACUGUCCUGUUCCAGCACCAGAUGCACCAAUGAAGCUACAAAACGCAAACCCACUUCAACAACCAAAUACACAGAAACAAAAUUCAUACGUCAGGCAGCCUUAUUAUCCUCGCAACAACACCCACCCUUUCCAGCCAAGGCAACAAAAUUUCCAAGGGAAUGCUGCAUCACCUUUCCAGCCACGACAACAAAACAUCCAAGGGAAGCUGAAUAGUAUUACUGAAGUCAAAGGAGAACCAGAAAAUGCAGUGAUUGAGGGUAAUUUUCAAAUUUUUAGUACUCGUGCUAACAUUUUAUUUGACACCGGUGCUACUCAUUCAUUUAUAUCUCUCCAUUUAGCUGCAUAUUUAGGUUUGAAACUUGACCCCUUAGGAUCCAUUUUGAACUUAUCUUCGCCACUUGGGAGUGUGGUAAGUCUCAAUAAAAUUUGCAAGGAAUGUGAGAUGACGCUGGGAAACCACAGGGUGAGUAUCGAUCUUAUACCUAUGAGAAUGCAGGAGUACGAUGUUAUCGUAGGUAUGGACUGGAUGUCGCAGAAUCAGGCUAUUUUAUGUUGUGCUGAGAAGAGAGUUUCUUUUGUGACGGAGGAUAGAAUUCUCGUAUCUGUUCAAGGCGAGAAAUGGAAAGUGAUAAACCCAUCAAUUCCAGGAAUGAAGAGAGGAGAUGAAACCGAAAAACACAUGGCUCUUCUCGCUCAUCUUACUGAAGGUGACGAGGUCGUUGAUACAGGAAAAGAAGUUCUAGUGGUUAGAGAGUUUGCUGAUGUCUUUCCAGAUUCCUUUCCGGGAUUGCCUCCAAAGAGGGAGAUUGAUUUUGAGAUUAAGCUACAGCCAGGAACAUCACCAAUAUCCAUACCACCUUAUCGUAUGGCUCCGAAAUAAAUGAAAGAAUUGCGGAAACAACUUGAUGAGUUAACUGAGUUGGGUUUUAUUAGGCCAAGUACAUCACCGUGGAGGGCACCAGUGCUGGUUGUGCUUAAGAAGGAUGGAACAAUGAGAAUGUUUAUCGAUUAUCGUCGGUUAAACAAAGUUACAAUCAAGAACAAGUACCCGCUGCUGAGAAUUGAUGAUCUCUUCGAUCAGUUGAAGAGAGCAAAAUGAUUUUCCAAGCUUGAUUUUCGAACCGGUUACCACCAACUAAGAAUCCGAGAAGAGGAUAUUCGUAAGACUGCUUUCGGUACCUACUUUGGACACUAUGGGUUUCUUGUGAUGCCGUUUGGAUUGACUAACGCUCCAGCAACAUUCAUGGACCUAAUAAACAGAGUUUUCUGACCGUUUCUGAAUAAGUUUGUGGUUGUUUUCAUUGAUGACGUUCUCAUUUACUCCAAGACCCGGUAUCAAGAGAUUCGGGAAGAAAAGUAAGUUGUCUCCUCGUUAUAUUGGACCUUUUGAGAUUCUUGAAAGGGUUGGUGAAGUCGCAUAUCGCCUAGCUUUGCCACCACAGUUAGCGGAUGUGCACAACGUGUUCCAUGUAUCUAUGCUACGGAGAUACAACGCAGACCCAUCACAUGCUAUUGAGUGGAGAGACUUGCAGCUGAACGACGAUACAAGUUACAUUGAAAAACCACUACGUAUUGCUGGUACAAGGGAGCAUGUUCUCCGGACGAAAACAAUUAAGAUGGUGAAAGUGGUAUAGAAACAUCAUAUUCUCGAAGAAGAUACUUGGGAGCUCGAGUCCGACGUGAGAGACAAGUAUCCGGAGCUACUUGAAGGUAAUCUUCAUAGCUUUUUCAGUUUAAUUUUGAAUUGCGGGACGCAAUUCUUUUUUUAGGAGGUAAUGGUGUAGCAACACAAAUAUUUUGCUCGGGCUUUGAGCCCUAGCCCAACCCAUAUGAAUAUUUUGUUUAUCUAAGUAGUCAUCCCUUAGCAUCAUAAGUGAGCAUGAGUAGUAAGUGCUAGAAGACACUAGAUAUUUUGAGCAUGAUUUACACGUGUUUGACAUGAACAGCAAGGGGUACAAUUGUCUUUGUCUUAUUUUUCUACUGUACUAAUUCGAUUUAAAGGCAGUAAUUCUCUUUUUGGCUGUCUCUAGUUUCUCUUCUACUCUUCUAUCAUUACUUUUCUGCUCAAAUCAGUUUCCAGAAGGGAACAACUUUAAUCUCAAAUUUCAAAAUUGAGUGCAACCCAGUCUUGGUUAUCGGCUGAAUUCAUUUCCUAAAAGGUAGGGGGUUGCUCUCUUGAAGUUGAUUUUUUUUUAGUAGUCCCGAUCUUUCAUCCAUAAUUUAAUUUGCAAAUUUCCUUGAACUACCUCCUCAUGCAAAUUGGUAAAUGACUGUUUUAGUAACCAAGAAUUUAACAAAUUUUGUUCAAAUUCUGUUUUCUAAAGAUCUCUAAUCUGGAAAGCCUUGUACAGCCACGGAACUUGGUUUAAACUAUUUAGUUUCAUGUGUUCAACUUUUGCAUAUUUUACUGUGAUUAAUUUUUGAGUGUUAUAAAUGAUUUUAUGAAAUGCUAGAAACGCCUUUCAAUUAUUAAGCUCGGUGUCCAUCAUAAACCAAGGUUUGCGCAAAAUUAUUAAAAGAAACCCUUCCCUAUUUGUUAAAAUAGUCAAACGAGAUUUGUAUCUGAACUCAACUUUUAGACCAAAAGUUGAAAUCCCUUUUUGUAGAUUUUCUUAUCUUAUUCUUCUGUAACCCAGGGGUUAAUCUUGUUAGCCGUGUUGUUAGGGAUUGCCAAAGUCUUGAGCUCAUUUUUAGCCAUAACAUCCAAAACAAGAUUAAGCUUUGUUUUUGUUGAAACUCCACUGGCUGCCGAAUACUUAAAUUUUUCUUAUGGGUUUUGUAAUUUAACCUCCUCUUAUCCCUGCAACUCAGAGAUUUUUCAACUGAACCUUAUGGCAUUAGUUUGAGAUUUCUUUUUAAAAAUUCUUUGUUUGUACAACUUAACUAAAUAAAUAUGUUGCUUUUAUGGAUAUACCCAUUGCUCAAAUGCUUGAUUUAUAUUUAAGCAUGUACUUGCUUACCAUUAAAUUUGUGAGGCUUGACAUGGUUCUGUGAAGUGAGUUAGUGCUUACGGACAGAUAAUGCUUUGCACUUUCUUUUUCAAUUUAUGCAAUUGUUAAAAUGUUCAUUUGUUAGCGUUUCUUUCACAUGGGUACGACCAAUAGAAAACGAGAUUGACUCUACUAUAGGACCGCCGGGCCUAAGUGGCACCCCACCACCUCAGUGGCUACCUGGAAGACCUCUUCUGUAGCGGUGGCUGGUAACCAGAACUACCCUGACGUCAGCACUGGCCUCGUAAAUAGUAGAGUAACAUUUCUAAAUGUACAAUUAUCUUUUGGUCAUAAAUUUUAAUUGCAUAAGGUUUUACAUUUCUGGUACUUUAAGUUGCUGCUCAUUGUCUAUUGUUUUAUGUUCCAUUUCGGUACUACGAUUUGAUUUUUGUAACCUCCUACGGGGCAUCAGCUCACCCUUUUAUUUGUUUCCACCCUUUAGAGUACGAGAGGAGCAUGCAUAGUAAGCCGGGAGCUUACAACAGGCUACAAAAUCUUGCAGUGUUAGUAUUUUCGUUAUUUUGAUGUGUAUAUCACGGGGAUAAUAUGUGGUAGUUUAUUUUCUAUUUACGACUCACGUAGUACCAUAUUUUUCUUUGUAAAUAUACAAGUUAGGAUCUGAUUUUGGGUGUUUGUAUUAACUUUACACAAAACCUUCCUUGCCGUUAGUGUGUCGGCGUGUUUUAAAUUAUGUACUACUAUCUACUCAGAACUUGUUUACUUUAAUGUACUAGCAUGUUUUUUUGCAUAUUGAUAUCUCUUAAAAUUACUUCUAUGUUUCCAGAAAUUGUAUGAAUAGAAGUGAUAAUGGGAAAUGUUGUACUGAAUGUCAUUUUAAGUGACUGGUGUGUUUAGGCUAAACGGUGUACAUAUCUUGCAUUCUGCUCUGCUCUGCAUCGUGCUUGACUCUCAUUUUGAUAAUAUAUACUGAACCAUAACAUCUUUGUGUACUUGUUCAUUUAUAAGAAUAUUUUGUUAAUUCUCUUGUUUGAAUUUGCAACAUCUAUUGACUUCUAAACUCUUAGUGUGAGUGAUAUUUUCCCCUGAAUAUGUCAAGGAUUUGAAUCCCUUUGUGUAAAUCCAAAACUUCUUUUGAAUAUGACAUUUGGUUAUAAUUCUUAUCUUAAGUUUAAUUUCCAUGCAAAGGCUCUAUCCAUGUCCCAAAUGUUCUUCUUCCUACUAUUUUGAACAUGUAGUCUGCUGUGAUAGUUUCGUCCUUUGACGCGAAAACGUAUCAUUUUUGUAACUAGGAUCAGUUUUACCCUUUUAUUUUUAUAUGUUUACUUUCUAAUACUGCUCCUUGGUUAAAAUACGUGUUGCCAGUAUAAAUGUUGUACUCAUUGACUUUUGCAUUGACGAUUUUACAAACUUUUUAACUUCAAAUAUCGUUGUGAACAUCUUGAUAGAUCAACUGAAAAUGAUACAUCUUUCAUCCAAUGGCAGGUAUCCGAAACUUAAUAUAAAUUCAGUAUCAUGGUCUGUUUCAUUUUGUCAUUCUUCUAAAUCUUUUUUUUAUUACUUUUAUAACUGUAUAAAUCAAUUAUUUUAUGUGUAUGGUUUUAGUCUUCGAGUGGCGCACCGGGAUAUGGCCUUGCUAAAUGGGUUGAAACCCAAUCCUUUUAGGACGGAAAAUUACCGUGUCCGCUACGGUUUGGUAUCAGAGCUCCAGUUCUGAUUUAUCGGGGCUGUGUUGGUGUUUUGUUUUCUUAUAUGAUCGAUUUCCUUAUGUUUCGUUUGCAUUCAUAUGAUUUAGUUGUUUAAAUAGUGUUCUGUUACGUUGCAACUAAACCUGAGUUUUUAUUUCCUAUCUGUGAACAUACUCUAACCUGUUUGAAACUCAAUUUUAGUUAAUCUUCUGACUUAGUCAAAGCAUUUUUAUUUUCUGAAGCUUUUUCCUACACUUAUAAUAGUUGCUUGAAAAGGUUUUGGCUGAAUUUUGGGUUUGGGGAAAAACUAACCAUGACCGUGAUAUACAUGUCAUUUUUCUGUGUUAGUAAUGUACAUUACUAACCAUUUGUAAAUCUGACGCUUAGUUUCUUUUUGAAGAUAUCUGUGUGCGCAAAAUCUGUAACGUCGAGCUCUGUACGUAAGAAAAAGAAUCUCAGCAAGAGGACAACACGCCUUGAGAAUGGUUUUGAAAAACUGUUGGGUUCUGUCAACACUAUUGCUGAUACCGUAAAAGACCGUAAACGGAUGAGAUCUACUAUGGACUUGGACUUGAAGGAAUUCAAGAAGGUGGUAGGUAAAGACAUGAACUUUAGCGGGACAACAGAACCUACCGAGGCAGAGAAGUGGUUGAUGGGCAUUGAGAAAGAGUUUGAAGCGUUACAAAUUCCGAAUGAGAAGAAGGUUAGACUUGCCACUUACCUGUUUGAGGGAGAUGCCGAACAUUGGUGGAGAUCUGUCAAGCGCAUGGAAGAUGUCAGCAGCAUGUGCUGGGAGAAGUUUGUGGAGCUAUUUCUUAAUAAGUACUUUCCACCGACAGUUAAGGCAUUAAAGUGUGCUGAAUUUGCUGCGUUGAGGCAAGGAAGUAUGACGGUUAUGCAGCUGGAUCAGAAACUCAGUGAACUUGAACGUUACGGAACACAUCUCGUCCCCAACGCGGAAUUAAGGGCUCGCAAAUUUGAAGACGCAUUGAGGCCAAGUAUUCAUAACCAAGUCGUUGGACGAAUGAUGUCUUAAAGGCAGCACUGGCAAUUGAGGCUAGCAUGAUCAAAGCACAAAAUGAAAGGGAAGAAAACGAAGUCAAGAAAAGGAAUAUAAAUGACUCUCCAUCUAGUCGAAAACGUAUCAGUCCCGGGUCGGACACCAACAAAGAAAGACCCAGGACCUGUUACCGAUGUAAAGGAAAUGACCACCUUAUAAAGGACUGUCCUGUUCCAGCACCAGAUGCACCAAUAAAGCUACAAAAUGCUAACCCACCUCAACAACCAAAUACACAGAAACAAAAUUCAUACGUCAGGCAGCCUUAUUAUCCUCGCAACAACACCCACCCUUUCCAUCCAAGGCAACAAAAUUUCCAAGGGAAUGCUGCAUCACCUUUCCAGCCACGACAAGAAAACGUCCAAGGGAAGCUGAAUAGUAUUACUGAAGUCAAAGGGGAACCAAAAAAUGCAGUGAUUGAGGGUAAUUUUCAAAUUUAGUUCUCGUGCUAAAAUUUUAUUUGACACCGGUGCUACUCAUUCAUUUAUAUCUCUCCAUUUAGCUGCAUAUUUAGGUUUGAAACUUGACACCUUAGGAUCCAUUUUAAACUUAUCUUCGCCAUUUAGGAGUGUGGUAAGUCUCAACAAAAUUUGUAAGGACUGUGAGUUGACGCUGGGAAACCACAGGGUGAGUAUCGAUCUUAUACCAAUGAGAAUGCAGGAGUACGAUGUUAUCGUAGGUGUGGACUGGAUGUGCAGAAUCAGGCUAUUUUAUGUUGUGCUGAGAAGUGAGUUUCUUUUGUGACGGAGGAUGGAAUUCGCGUAUCUAUUCAAGGAGAGAAAUGGAAAGUGAUGAACCCAUCAAUUCCAGGAAUGAAGAGAGGAGAUGAAGCCGAAAAACACAUGUCUCUUCUCGCUCAUCUUACUGAAGGUGACGAGGUCGGUUAUACAGGAGAAGAAGUUCUAGUGGUUAGAGAGUUUGCUGAUGUCUUUCCAGAUUCCUUGUCGGGAUUGCCUCCAAAGAGGGAGAUUGAUUUUGACAUUGAGCUACAUCCAGGAACAUCACCGAUAUCCAUACCACCUUAUCGUGUGGCUCCUAAAGAAAUGAAGGAAUUGCGGAAACAACUUGAUGAGUUAACUUAUUUGGGUUUUAUUAGGCCAAGUACAUCACCGUGGAGGGCACCAGUGCUGGUUGUGCUUAAUAAGGAUGGAAUAAUGAGAAUGUGUAUCGAUUAUCAUCGGUUAAACAAAGUUACAAUCAAGAACAAGUACCCGCUGCCGAGAAUUGACGAUCUCUUCGAUCAGUUGAAGGGAGCAAAAUGCUUUUCCAAACUUGAUUUUCGAACCGGUUACCACCAAGAAUCCGAGAAGAGGAUAUUCGUAAGACUGCUUUCGAUACCUAUUAUGGGCACUAUGAGUUUCUUGUGAUGCCGUUUGGAUUGACUAACGCACCAGCAGCAGUCACGGACCUAAUGAACAGAGUUUUCCGACCGUUUCUGAAUAAGUUUGUGGUUGUUUUCAUUGAUGACAUUAUCAUUUAAUCCAAGACCCGGUAUCAAGAGAUUCGGGAAGAAAAAUAAGUUGUCUCCUCGUUAUAUUGGACCUUUUGAGAUUCUUGAAAGGGUUGGUGAAGUCGCAUAUCGCCUAGCUUUGCCACCACAGUUAGCGGAUGUGCACAACGUGUUCCAUGUAUCUAUGCUACGGAGAUACAACGCAGACCCAUCACAUGUUAUUGAGUGGAGAGACUUGCAGCUGAACGACGAUACAAGUUACGUUGAAAAACCAUUAUGGAUUGCUGGUACAAGGGAGCAUGUUCUCCGGACGAAAACAAUUAAGAUGGUGAAAGUGAUAUGGCAACAUCAGCCUCUUGAAGAAGCUACUUGGGAGCUCGAGUCCGACGUGAGAGACAAGUAUCCGGAGCUACUUUAAGGUAAUCUUCAUAGCUUUUUCAGUUUAUUUUUGAAUUGCGGGACGCAGUUCUUUUUUUUAGGAGGUAAUGGUGUAGCAACACAAAUAUGGCAUGGGUUUUGUAAUUUAACCUUCUCUCAUCCCUGUAACUCAAAGAUUUUUCAACUGUACCUUAUGGCAUUAGUUUGAGAUUUCUUUUUAAAAAUUCCUUGUUUGUACAACUUAACUAAAUAAAUGUGUUGCCUAUAUGGAUAUACCCAUUGCUCAACUGUUUGGUUUAUAUUUGAGCAUGUACUCGCUUACCAUUAAAUUUGUGAGGCUUGACAUGGUUCUGUGAAGUGAGUUAGUGCUUACGGACAAAUAAUGCUUUGCACUAUCUUUUUCAAUUUA